AUGAUAGUUGGUGAAAAUGGAUUUGGUGGCAUAGGAGUUUGGGUAGCAAGUGUUGGAAUUGGUGGUACACCGUAUACACAUUUGGGAAAUUGUUUAUUUGCCGUUUCCAAAAAUGAAAAUUCUGGUUUUAAAGGUAAUAUGCAAUAUUUUGAAAGAUUCCCAAAAGGUGCUUUAAAUGGGAUGGAAUCCUCGCCAAAUGGGUUCAAUACUUCCCCGAGUUUUGAGGAUUCUGAGAAUUAUCCUGUCCGGGUCUUGAUUAAAAAUGGAGAAUUGGAGGAAGGACUAAGAACGCAGCUCAAAUCAUGGAAAUUCUGGAUUCGUCUGGAGCCGUUAUUGAUGAACAAUGUAAAUGCUUUGAUUGGUGGUUAUUGCAAAUCAGGGGAUAUAAAAGAAGCCUGGUUGGUUUUGGAUCGCAUGAGUGUUGCUCCAAAUGCUGAUACUUAUGAUACAAUUUUUCAUAGCUUCUAUGAUAGGGAAAUUGAAGCAAGCCAUGGAAGUACCUGA